CAUCCUUAAUUCGUAUUGGGCUAGCGUUUCGUACGUCAUUCGAAUCGCCGCCUUCUGACAAGCGACAAAGAUGGCAGCAGCUACUGAGGACGACAAGGAGCUAGAUGAUCUACUUGAAAGUGCACUUGAUGAUUUUGAGAAGACUAGUCAACCUGCUCCUGCCUCUAAUGCUGCAGCAAAAUCCCCCUCAUUGGAAAAUCCUCCUGUGGAUGCAGCCAAUGACCCCCUAUUCAACUCUCAGGAGAAGUUCUUCCAGGAACUGUUUAACAGUGAGCUGGCAGCACAGGCCACCGAGGAGUUCGAAAAAGCCAUGAAGGAGCUUGCAGAAGAGGAACCGCACUUGGUAGAGCAGUUUCAGAAGCUAUCCGAGGCUGCAGGCAAAGUUGGAAGUGAUGAAACAUCUCAGCAAGAGUUUACAUCAUGUCUGAAAGAGACACUCACAGGUUUGGCAAAAAAUGCCAAUGAUUUGCAGAACUCUGGUUUAUCUGAAGAGAAACUCGCUAAAGCGAUGGAGGAUAUGGGAAUAGAUGAUGCAGAUGGUGAAGGAAAUAUCUUGCCUCUUAUGCAGAACAUCAUGCAGAAUCUCCUCUCAAAGGAGGUGCUGUACCCAUCCCUCAAAGAGAUCACAGACAAGUAUCCCGAGUGGCUGUCGACGCAUCAGGACUCCUUGCCUGCUGAAGAGUAUCGCAAAUACCAGGAGCAGCAUAGCGUCAUGAGUAGGAUCUGCCAACAGUUUGAGAAUGAGCAGGGGGAAGGCGAUGAAGCACAGUUUGAGGCAGUGAUGGACCUCAUGCAGCAGCUUCAGGAAUUAGGUCACCCUCCGAAGGAGCUGGCUGGUGACUCUCCUCAGGCCCCAGGCUUCAAUUUUGAUCUUGAUGGUUUGAACAUGGCUAAUCCAGGAAAUGCAAGCGGGGAGCAAUGCCUGAUAAUGUGAUGGAAUUCCUGUAGAAAAAUCAACAGAUGGUAGUGGGUCCCAACCCUACUUGGCUCAUUGAGGUCUUCCGAAUAUCAGGAGUAUGGAUGAGCCAGGAGAAAGUAUUGGUUUAUAGAUGCUCAUGCAUUUGUGUCCUUAUCGAAAGCGCAGAAUACAUUUCUGGCCACUGUUGAGAAGACGUGAUUAUUUAUGAAUUACCUCAUCAACCCUGCCUUAUUGGUCCAUCCUCUGAAAUAUCAUCACUUCCAGUUAAUUUGGAGUUAAAGAGUACAAACAUAUGGCCUGAUCACCCCCUGCUUAAACUCAAUACACUUUACCUGUACUCUGCAAAUUGCAUGUAUAAGGUACAGGUGUGGAAUUAGAAAAACACAGUGCUUCUAUUAUAUCUUGUCUGCUAAUAUCAUUUUAAUCUUCCAUAGAGUUAUUCCUUACAGUAAAAGUAUAGCUGUAAUUGACAACAUACAUGACUUUCUAUUCAAGUUGGUUUGCACUGAAAAGGGGGAUUUUUUUAACUUUAUUUUAACUGAUUCACUGUGAGUGAUGAUAAAUGUAUGGGACUGGGUUUGUGUUCAUCUUGUAUUGAAACGUUUUAGAUGGAAUCCCAUAGCUAUUUUAGAGUCCUCACCUAAAAAACACAUGGUGUAUUCCACAUCUGUCUGAUAUACCACACUAAUGUGAUCUGUAGCACCUAACAUCUGGCCACUGUACAAGGUUAUUUUGUUCACAAGCAUGUCAUUAAACGUCUGCUGUGGGAAAGGAUUGGUGGCUUUUCAUCUACAAGAACAGGUCACUAGUAAGGAACUGGCUGAGAGAGUUUAAAUUGUUUUCUCUAGAAGCAAUAUGCAUAUUUUAAGUCAUUAAAACCAGUCACUCACAUGUCUAAAUGACCAAUCAUAGCAUAAUCUUAAUAUUUAGAGAAGAUUUUUGUCUUCAUGAUUAGUGAAUUGGAGGGAAAAAAAGUCAUGUGUCUUUGAUGUCAUAUCGUCUCUAAAAUACGAAAAUAAGUACCUUAAUGAAGAACCAUGUUGUGCACUGAUUAAUGUAAACCCUUAUUGUGCACAUUUUGGGUUUACAAAAAUGUGCUUACUGGGAUGUGAUAAGUGAUAUAAAUAACUUUCUUUUACUACUUGUUGUAAAUUGUGACCUAUAAAUGUCAUUCAUUAAAGAUAUCACUAGUUAGCAA